AUGUCUAAAAGAUUUGUAUUGAAUCAACAAUACGGUGACCGUAAAAAGGCCAAGCUGAAUGUGACUAUUUCUGACCAUAACUUUCCAUUGAGUCAAAAUUCUAAAGCUCCUGAACAAGACAAUUGGGGAGAUGAGAAUGAUGAUGAGAUCUUGCUCUUGGCUAGCCAAGCCUGCGAACAGGUGUACAAUGAUAUUAGCAGCUUACCGGAUUACAGUAUGUGUAUGCAACCUGCAACAACUAGUACUCAAUAUGAACCAACACCUAGUACAUCUAAAGGCACUUUCACUUUUAAAAAACCCAGUACUAAUCCGCCUAGUGCUAUUGCUACACAUUUGAAGAACAAAUGUCACACUAUAUCAUCGCCAUUACCAGGCAUGUCAAAUAAAGUCACAUGUAACCAAAAUGAAAAAUUUAAUUAUAGAGAUGAAAUUGUUUUCAAUGACAAAAUAUGUAAAACACAAGACCAAGAUUUCAUAUACAGACAGUUAUUGGAAAUGCAAGAGGAGAAUGCAAAGCUGAAAUCGGAGAAUGGUAAAUUGUUAGAGAAGUGUGUCACAAAAGAAGGUGAAGCUUCAAUUCUUCGUACGCAGCUGAAGUCAUGCCAAAUAGCCGUUGAUAAUGCUAGAAUGGACAAAAUAAAAGCACAGGAAAAAUUGGAGGUGGAUUGGAUGGAGAAACUCCAAACUGUUAGCAGUCAGAUGCAAGAUUUGAGAACACAAUUAGAUUUUAAAAAUUUAGAAAUAAUAAGUAUUAAGGAGAAAUGCAAAAAAUUGGAAUCUAAUAAGUUAAGACUGACACAAAUUACAGUUGGUAAUAAUGACAUAUCCUCCAGUCAUCGAAAUAACAACAAAAUAUUCCCUAAUGAACCAAUGUCGCAAAUGCGUAAGAUAAAAAUGACAUCAAAUGCAAUACAAACUGAUGACAAAGCUGCCUUCAUAAAACUCAGCAAGAUAUGUAGAAAUGGGAAUUCAAAAUUAAUAAGUAUCUUGCCGUUAAUAUUGGAGAGCAAAACACAACAGCAGCAUUCAAUACUAGAAUACAAUGAGAAAUUACAAAAGCAAUCGGAGUACUCACAAAAUACUUGUAGAAUAUUCAGCACAUUUCACAGAAUACCAUCUACACCGACACCGAACAAAUUAACUUUUAAGAGCAAAUUAAAUCUCAAUCAUAUAUAUGAAGAUUUGACUUUUAUUGCUGCUAAGAAUGGUGAUUAUGAAAGUAUAAAAGCAAAAUAUUUUAAUUUGUUCAGUGCCAUUGACUUAGUUCUACAAGAUGUCCAAUGCGAGUUGGACACAAUAUCUCUGAGAGUGACAAAUACUUUUCAGAAAGAAAUGGAUGAAAAGUAUAUAGAGUCUACAGCGACAUUUCUUUCUAUUAAAAGGGAAGACUUACUGAAAAGCAGUGCAUUAUACAAAGAUGAACAAGCAAUUUUCGCAAGAAGAAUGGUUGCGUUAACCUCAUAUGUUCUAGAAACUCCUGAAAGUGUCAACUUGUACAAAAUGUUCGAAGAACAGUCCAGAAGCAGCAGUCGAGUAUCAUUUGUUGAUAAUAUCAAUAGGAUAUGCAGUUUACUCGAUAGCUCUUCUUGUGCAGUAAUACACAGCGGUUUUCUCCUGGCCUUGACGUUUCUUCUAUCUGACUUUCUUCAAAAUAUACCAGAACACAAAACCAAAAUUGUGGAUGUCAUCAAAGUAAUAUUGGGCUCACGACCAAUGUCAUUUGUAUCAUGUAAUAUGUUAGUUCUAAUAAGAAAAUUGUCAGUAUCCGAAGACUUUAUGUUUACAUUUUGUCCGAAAAACAACUCGUGUAAUCUCAAAGUGGACUACGACCAAGGGGUCUUGUUGUACAAGAAAGAUUCUUGUUACUUUCAAAUACUCAUUAAACAAAUUGAGGUAUCAUUAAAAUGUAUAGAAUCCCAGAAUUUGACAGAUGAAGCAUUGGAGACUAGUAGUAAUCUUAUUGCUGUAUACAGCAAUAUCAGUGACAAUAGCAACGGCUUCAAUCAGAACGCAAAGUGUGACUGUCAGUUGAUGUUGAUGCAGGUCAUUGUAUUUUCUUUACGAAUAUGUGCGGUCAUGUUGAAGAAUUUAAAGGACAAAGUUACAGAAAACGCGAGCACAAAUCAUAGACUACUUGCAGUAUGCCGAAGCGGUAUACGAAUACUUUAUCAAACUAGUCUUCGAGAUGUAGAAUUUUCAUCCCAAUUAGCUCACAAUGAGGGCCACCUUAUAGAUUUUUGCGAGAUUCUCAAGGAAUUUGAUCAUAACGAAAUAUACGGAAAUAUGUUAUCAGAACUGACCAGUACAUUCCAAGCUUCUCUGGAAGAAACAUCAGUGUCAUUCCAAAAGCAGCCAUGGCUAAACAGUUUUAAGUGUUUCUCAUUGCUAGAUUGA